CCUCCGUCCCUUCCUGUGGGGAACCUCUCACCUCCUCCGCCGCGCCCCCUGCUUGUUUUGUUUCCAUCCUCCUCCCGAUCUCUCCUUCUUUAUAAAGCACAUCGCCUUCCUUUCUCCCUUCCGAGUCGCCACAAAACCGCGGAGAGAUAGAGACGGAUAGCUAGAGGCGUCGGAAGAUACUCGCUGCUCUGCCGCUGCCGCCCCCUUCGCCUUUAGUUGAUCUCGCCAUGGCUGCCACCGUCGCCGUGGACAACCUCAACCCCAAGGUUUUAAAAUGUGAGUAUGCUGUGCGUGGAGAGAUUGUCAUCCAUGCUCAGCGCUUGCAGCAACAGCUUCAAACUCAACCAGGAUCUCUACCUUUUGAUGAGAUCCUCUAUUGUAACAUUGGGAACCCACAAUCUCUUGGUCAGCAACCAGUUACAUUCUUCAGGGAGGUUCUUGCACUUUGUGAUCAUCCAGAUCUGUUGAAAAAGGAGGAAAUCAAAACAUUGUUCAGUGCUGAUUCUAUUUCUCGAGCAAAGCAGAUUCUUGCCUUGAUACCUGGAAGAGCAACAGGAGCAUACAGUCAUAGCCAGGGUAUAAAAGGACUUCGUGAUGCAAUUGCUUCUGGGAUCGCUUCACGAGAUGGAUUCCCUGCUAAUGCUGAUGACAUUUUUCUUACAGAUGGAGCAAGCCCUGGGGUGCACCUGAUGAUGCAAUUACUGAUAAGGAAUGAGAAAGAUGGCAUUCUUGUCCCGAUUCCUCAGUACCCUUUGUACUCGGCUUCUAUAGCUCUUCAUGGUGGAUCUCUUGUCCCAUACUAUCUCAAUGAAUCGACGGGCUGGGGUUUGGAAAUCUCUGAUGUUAAGAAGCAACUCGAAGAUGCUCGCUCAAGAGGCAUCGACGUUAGGGCUUUGGUGGUUAUCAAUCCAGGAAAUCCUACUGGACAGGUACUUGCUGAGGAAAACCAAUAUGACAUAGUGAAGUUCUGCAAAAAUGAGGGUCUUGUUCUUCUGGCUGAUGAGGUAUACCAAGAGAACAUCUACGCUGACAACAAGAAAUUCCACUCUUUCAAGAAGAUAGUGAGAUCCUUGGGAUACGGCGAGGAUGAUCUCCCUCUAGUAUCAUAUCAAUCUGUUUCUAAGGGAUAUUAUGGUGAGUGUGGUAAAAGAGGUGGUUACAUGGAGAUUACUGGCUUCAGUGCUCCAGUAAGAGAGCAGAUCUACAAAAUAGCAUCAGUGAACCUAUGUUCCAAUAUCACCGGCCAGAUCCUUGCUAGUCUUGUCAUGAACCCACCAAAGGCUAGUGAUGAAUCAUAUGCUUCAUACAAGGCAGAAAAGGAUGGGAUCCUUGCAUCGUUAGCUCGUCGUGCGAAGGCAUUGGAGAUUGCAUUCAGUAAACUUGAGGGAAUUACUUGCAACAAGGCUGAAGGAGCAAUGUACCUGUUCCCUCAAAUCUGUCUGCCACAGAAGGCGAUUGAGGCUGCUAAAGCUGCUAACAAGGCACCUGAUGCAUUCUAUGCUCUUCGUCUCCUUGAGUCGACCGGAAUCGUCGUUGUCCCUGGAUCUGGAUUUGGCCAGGUUCCUGGCACAUGGCACUUCAGGUGCACGAUCCUUCCGCAGGAGGAGAAGAUCCCGGCGAUCAUCUCCCGCUUCACGGUGUUCCAUGAGACGUUCAUGGCGGAGUACCGUGACUAAACUGGUGUAACAUGUGUGGGAUUACAUGCAAGCCUCGUGGAUUUUCCCUAGGCGUUUUUGCCCCCGUUGACAGCAGUAUCAUGUAGACGAGACAAAAUAAAGCAAAUCCAUGGCUUGUGUGUGUGAUAUACUAUAUCAGAUUCUGAAACAGAUUACCAGUCUGAUGCGUUUGAUGGUAAAUUGGCAACUGAGAUCUUUUUCCCCCA